AAAUCCCUUGUGUUCAUCUCUAAAUAUGAUAGAAUUGAAAUGCAUGACUUGAUUGAAGAUAUGGGCAAAAACAUAGUGAAAAUGCAAAAAGAUUCCAGCAGAAUAUUGAAUGUUGAAGAUUUCGAAGAUAUGAUGAUGAACAAUAUGGGGACAAGGAAAAUAGAAUCAAUUUGGUUAACAUAUUCUGAAAAACUAUGCUUUAGCAAAGAGGCAAUGAAAAAUAUGCAAAAGCUUAGGAUAUUAUGCAUAUGGCGUGAUCCAUGGAAUUUCCCAAGUGAUUCAGAAGAUGGCUCUAUGGAGUACCUGCCCAACAACUUGCGUUGGUUUGUCUGGCAUCAAUAUCCUUGGAAGUUAUUGCCAGAAAAUUUUAAUCCCAGAAGGCUUGUUCAUCUUGAUCUCCGAUGGAAUUCAUUGCAUCAUUUAUGGAAUGAAACAAAGCAAUUUCUGUCUCUACGAAGGAUCGAUCUAAGGGACUCUAACAGCCUGAAGAGAACACCAGAUUUCAAGGGGAUGCCAAAUUUGGAGUAUUUGAAUCUACAGAACUGUACGAGUCUUGAAGAAGUUCAUCAUUCCCUGAAGUAUUGCAGAAAUCUCAUGCAGUUAAAUUUGUCUUUUUGUACAAAACUUGAGAGGUUUCCAUAUGUUAAUGCGGAAUCUCUUGAAUCUUUGAAUCUAAGAUCCUGCUCUAGUUUAGAGAAAUUUCCAGAAAUCCAUGGAAGGAUGAAGCAGGGAACUGCCAUAAAGAUUAUGACGUCACACACUAGGAUAACGGAACUGCCAUUAUCUUUCUUGGACCUCCAACCUCAUCUUACAGAGCUACAUUUGGAUGGCAUGACAAACCUUGUAUCUCUUCCAAGCAGCAUUUGUAAGUUGAAAGGUUUGGUGAAGCUAGAUGUGUCAUACUGCUCAAAACUUAAAAGCUUGCCAGAAGAGAUAGGUGAUUUAGAAAACUUGGAGAAGCUUGAUUCCAGCUAUACUCUAAUUUCACGUCCUCCGUCUUCCAUCGUCCGGUUGAAUAAGCUUAAAUUAUUGAAUUUUCGAAAAAGAAAAGCAGAAGAUAGAGUGAACUUCGUGCUUACACAGCUGCCAGAAGACAUUGGAUCCUUAUCCUCUUUGAAAUACUUGUAUCUCAAUGGGAAUAAUUUUGAACAUUUGCCUCAUAGCAUAUCCAAACUUGGUGCUCUUCAAUCCUUGAACUUAUCAGAUUGCAAGAGGCUUACACAGCUGCCAGAAUUUCCACAGAAAUUAGACACAAUAGAUGCAGAUUGGAGCAAUGAUUCAUUUUGUAAUUCGUUGUUUCAGAAUAUCUCAUCUUUGCAGCAUGCCAUCUGUUCUUCAGAUUCCUUGUCACUAAGAGUGUUUGGGAGUUGGGUGGAGGAUAUCCCAAGUUGGUUCAAAUAUCAGGGAAUGUGCCCAAGUGUAUCAGUCGAUCUGCCUGAGAAUUGGUAUGAUAAGUUCUUGGGGUUUGCUGUAUGUUACUAUGACAAAUAUUAUAUUGAUUGCAUCAGAGCUCAUUUGAUUCCCUCAUGUGAUGAUGGGAUGUCGUCGAUGACCCAGCAAUUUGCCUUAUCCAACAAGUCAGAAUUAGACGAUGAUGAUGUAUGUAAUAUUAAUUUUUUGUUGGUACCUCUUUGUGGCUUAUGGGAUGCAUCUAAUGCAAAUGAAAUAACACCAAAUGGCUAUGGACGCAUUAAGUUAGAUUUUAUUGGUCAUGUUGAUGAUUUUGGAGAAACAGAUGAUGAUUUUGGAGAAACAGAUGAUGAUUUUGGAGAAACAGAUGAUGCUUUUGGAGAAAAGAUGAAAUUUGGAGUUCGUUUGUUGUCAAAAUGAAUCUGAGCUUUGCAUUGGGAUAAGGAAGAGCAGAUGUGAAGAAGAGGCCACUUGCUCCUCUUCAAAAAAACAAAGGUUACAUAUCAGUAAUCAGCAGUGAGUUUGGGAACAUGUUUUCUUAGAAACAAUUUGGAUAAAUUGCAGAAGCUUUGGAAUCCAAUGGAGCUCAAAUAAUUUCUCCCCAACCAUCAAGUUCUACU